AUGAGCUGGCUCUUAUGUUGUGUGAAUCCCGAAGCGUCGGGUGAAGCUCGCGCUGCACAGGAGUACGCCAAAGGACUUGCGAAACCCGGUUCUCCGAGCAAGACAACGACUGGCAACUCAUUGUCCGUACGUCUCACGCCGUCACUUGAUGAAGAAGAAGAAACCUCAAAGCGGGCACCAUUUGUGCACGUAUCAUCCUCGAGGGUGCGCAAAGCUUCACAGCAUGGCUUGCGACUUUCUGAGGACACGGUCGUCAGCGCUCUCUCUUCAACUCCAACAAGCCUUAACCCGCUAGCAUAUGUGUUUCCAUUUGCCAACGAUGACAACGAGGAUUUCAGCAUGGGGACUACUCGUGAAGAGUCCGACGCCCUGGGUAGCAAUGCCGCGCCGCAAACUCGUAGCAAAGUGGACUUGGCAGACCUUUGCGGUUCCUUAGAAAAUUUGGUCUACGUGGGAGAGCGCUGCCUGACCGAGGCGGUGCUAACUCGGGUGCUGAGUCACCCUUGCGUCGUACAGUGCUUCGCCACCGCUAAUGCGCAGCUCACCCCCGAGGUAUGGGUGGCCAUACGGUCGCGGUGCCGCCGCCACAAGUCCCUGCUCAAGAGCUCCUCCCUUGGCCGCUCAAUGGAGGCUGCCGUUCUGGAACAACAACAACAAGAACAGCAGCAGCAGCAAGGACCUCCGCGACUCACAUCGCCUCAUCAUCAUCAGCAGCAGCAACAGCUUUGUCCCCCGCAGCGGCUGUCGUCCUCCCAAUCGCUGUCCCGCUCGCACCGGUGGGCGCAGUCGGUGCUGCUGCUGCAGUCCCCGGACCGCGGGAUGCCCACUCGCGGGCACCUGGGGCCGGUCACGGCAGCGACAGCGACAGCGGCAGGCCCUGAGUCGCCUCCCUCCAAUCCCACAGAGCGAAACCAACAACAGCCGCCGCCGCAGCAGCAGCAGCAGGCGGCCCUCUUAGAGCUCAACACCAGCACCGCCAAGGACAACAGCAGCAGAAUGUUGAUGAUGAUGAGCGCCUUCGCUGCACCUGACGAGGAAAUGGAGUCCCGUUCCCCACGCCCACCCCCGGCGGGAGGCAACCAGAACAAGACACAGUACGGCAACCGUAGCCAACAGCAACAACCUGAGGAGCAGCAAAGCAUGCGGCAGCUUUCCGGGGUUGCCAGCUCCGCCGCGAUUGGGGCGCCGCCGUGUGGAUACGGCAGCUUGGAGGAGGUGGAGGGGCCUGAAGAGGGCUGCGAGGGUGAUGAUGAGGGUGAGGGUGAUUGCGGCAUCAGUUUCCUCCAGGCGCUUCAGAUGUUGGCGGCGGAUGCGGCCACGGGUCGCCACUGCACCCUGGUGGUCAUGGAGUACAUGGAUGCAGGCACCCUGCACCAGGCCAUCACGCGAGGGGACUUCAGCGCCCGCAGGGCGGCAGACCAGCGACCCAAGCUGCUGGCGCUGCUGCUGACCGCCCAGGAGCUGGCGCAGGGUAUGGCCCACCUCCACGGCUUAGACAUUCUGCACGGGGACCUCAAGCCCACCAACGUGCUGCUCAAGGGCUCCCCCUGCCAGUUCGCCGCCUGCACAUCGUCAUCGUCAUCAUCAGGGCCAGGGGGGCGGGGGGGAGGUCGCACCUGCACAGACCCCCGGGGCUACACCGCCAAGGUCGCUGACCUGGGCCUGGCUCGGCCCUGCAGCGGGGAGACGGUGGAGCUGUCCUCGGACGAGUGGGGUGCUCUGGCCUAUCUGGCUCCUGAGGCGGCCAAAGGCAGCUGCUGCAAGGCGUCUGACGUGUACAGCUUUGGUGUGAUGCUGUGGGAGAUGUCGGCUGGUGUUCGUCCGUAUGUAGGCCUUACCACUCCACAGGUGCUGAUGGGCCUUGUAACUGGGACCCUGCAGCUCACAUGGCCCUCAGACGGCUCACUGUACGGCCCGCUCCGAAGCCUAGCUAUUGCAUGUACGGACUAUAACCCCGCGGAGCGACCCACCUUUGAGGUGGCGGCGCGCAUUCUAGGAAGAAUGGUACGGCAUAUCCGGGGCGCCGCAGAACCUCUCCGUCAGCGGCACAGCUCCGCGCUAUCCGUGGAAGCGGCGGCCGCCGCGGCGGCGGCUGUCGCGGCCGCCGGCAGGUCCCACUCGCCUGGCGGCGGCGGCGUCAGCGCUGCUGUCAAGUGCCCGCCGGAUCACGCAAGCAGGUCGAUGCCGAUCUGCGUGCCCUUUGUCGGCGCUGCCACCUCCGCCGCCGGCGCUCUGAAGACCGGCCCCGCGGUCCCCCCGCUAUCGCUGUUUGGUGGGACUGGGAAUGCACGACCGAGUCCUCGUACGCCGCUGACGCCAGCGGCGAUAAGCGCCACCUUCCUCGCGGUGUCGCAAGUGUACAGCGGCGGCGCGGCGGAUAUGGCAGAGCCGCCGCCAUCGCCGCCACCACUGCGCCGCCAUCAGCAUCCACAUCCCCACGCCGAUCUUCGGCGCCUCCCUGCGGCUGCUUCCGCGUGCGACGGCGUGUGGAAGGCCAGCUCCCGCAGCACCCCCGGGGGAGGGGGCGACAUUGCCACGCGGAUGAGGGGCUUGCGCAGCGGCCCCUCGGGCCCCGCAUCUCCGCCGGGCAUUACCAUCACCCCCACCGCCAUCACCGCCUCUGGCACCUCCACACUGACCCACGCGACAUCAUCCGCCAUCACUACAGCCGCCUCCGUCAUCACCCCCACUGCCGCCACCGCCGCCGCCGAAAGCAUCAUCUGCUGA